AUGUCGAUUUUUCGAUUAUUAUGUUUUUUAAUUACAAUUAUAUUGGCAAUUUGUACAUUAGGGGUUGGUUUAAUUUUAUUACCAUAUUGGAAAGAUAAUGAAGAACCACCAAGAGAAGCUAAAAUUCAUUUAUCAUUAAGUUUAAUAUCGAUACUUUUUCUUGGUGCAUCAGGUCUUUUAAUUCUUGUCUCUAUUGUAUCUGGACCAGGUAGAACAAAGAAAAUAAUUAUUAUUACAAUGAUAUUACUUAUUUUAACUAUUGGCUUUCUCUGUGCAUCAAUUGUAUACAUGUUUACUCAAGUGAAUCAUUCUUUUGCAUUUUGGAUAUUUGCAUCAUUAUGGAUAAGUGUUACAUGUAUACCAUUUGGUUUAUGUAUUCUUUAUACAAAACCAAUUCAAAUGGAUCGUCUUUAA